CUGCCCGGUAGGUGGGUCUUAACGGCUUCGCCCGUCCUCCUCCUCCAAGUAAACCUCCGGCGCGUUUUUUUCCUCGUUUAUUUUUUUCCCGCAGCUCGUCCGGUCAUGGACUGUGGAAUUGAAGCGGCGAGAGGAACGGCGCUACUUGAAGGACUCGCUCUAAUAAAGGAAUGCUUUUAAAAGAAGCGACAAAACAGAGGAUUUUUGGCUUUUUUGGAGAGCUUUCUCAUCGCCUCCCUCUUCCAUAUACCCACACGCGCGCACACACCACACAGGCGCGCGCGCACAAUGUCCACAGUGUCUACGCGUUCCUACGCAGCCCGGGCGCCUUUCAGUCUUUGAUUUUUUUUUUAUUUUAUUAAAACGUUUCGUUAUUAUAAUCAUCGUUAUUAUUAGUAUCGUCGUUGUUACGUUUCUUUCAGUCGGAGGAGAGCACCCAGCCAACUUUCCCUUUCGCCUGCUCCCCCUUCAGAAGUCAUGGAUGUAUCAUGGCUCGGCUCGGCUCUGAGGAUUUUCAGGCUUUUGUGGCUCCUCUCCUCCGCCGCGUCUCCGGCCGCCUCUCUGGGCUCCAUGCUGGACUGCCCGCCGACCUGCAGUUGCUCGCCCACCGAGAUCCACUGCAAUAAGUCGGACAGCGGCAGCUUCUUCCCGCUGCUCGCCCUGCACGACACCGGGGGCACCAACGGCAGCAGCGGCGGCGACAUCGAGGACCUGUUCAAGAACAUCACGUCCAUACACAUAGAGAACUGGACAGGACUGCAGAUUCUAAAGGAUGUGGACAUGGAGCUGUACACAGGACUGCAGCGGCUGACUAUAACGAACUGCAAUCUACGCACAAUUCAAGCUCGUGCAUUUGCACAAAAUCCCCAUCUCCGUUACAUAAAUCUAUCCAAGAAUCCACUCACCACUCUUUCCUGGCUGCUCUUCCGGCACCUGCAACUGGUCGAACUGAGGCUGGAGGGGAUUGUGUUCGAUUGUGGCUGUGAAAUUCGCUGGAUCCAGCUGUGGCAGCAGAGAGGAGAAGCAGGCUUAAACACCCAGCAGCUCUACUGCAAGAAUGGAGCCUAUAAGAUCCGCCUGCGGGCCAUGAGCAUUGCUCACUGUGACCUUCCUGAUAUCAGUGUAACUCAUAGUAACCUGACUGUGAUGGAGGGAGACAACAUCACGGUUAGCUGCAAUGGUUCAGGAUCUCCAUUGCCUGAUGUGGACUGGACCGUGAACGGACUUCAUUCUAUCAACACACAUCAGUCAAAUGUGUAUUGGCCAAACAUUCACUCCAUCAACCUCACUCUUGUUAACGUGAGCCGGGAUGACAAUGGCUUUAUACUGACCUGCAUCUCGGAGAACAUGGUCGGGAUGACCAAUAUAUCUCUUCAGCUGGCAGUGCAAUUUCCUCCAGUGAUCUUGAAGUUGGAGGAGCCUGAGCGUAGACACCACACCUGCAUUGAGUUCACUGUGCGGGGCUUUCCACACCCCACACUGCGCUGGCUCUACAAAGGACAGGAAAUCCAGAGUCCAUACAUCCGCACUGAAAUGGACAACUACCAGGACUACCUGGAAGGCUGCCUGACCUUCGAGAAUCCUACACACUAUGAUAAUGGAAACUACACACUGGUGGCCACUAACCCCCUCGGCUCAGUCUCCAAAACCGUCUUUGGACAUUUCCUGGAGGCACCACCAUUUCUGGAUGAGGAGGGAAUUCUGGAAUACGACCCUACACCUGGUAAUGAUGCAAACAGACCAGAGGAGGACUCUUUUGGGAUGUCUAUAGCUGUGGGAUUGGCCGGAUUUGGCUGUGUGUUCCUCAUCGUCAUGUUUGUACUAAUCAACAAGUAUGGCAGGCGUAACAAAUUUGGAAUGAAAGGUCCAGUAGCAGUGAUCAGUGGUGAGGAAGACUCUGCCAGUCCUCUUCAUCACGUUAACCAUGGCAUAGUCACACCCUGCGCGCUAGAUGCCGGACCAGACGCUGUGGUCAUCGGAAUGAGCCGCUUCCCUGUCCUGGAGAAUCCACAGUACUUUCGGCAUGGACACACCUGCAACAAGCCCACCACCCACGUCCAGCACGUGAACCGGCGGGACAUUGUUCUAAAGCGUGAGCUGGGCGAGGGCGCUUUUGGAAAGGUUUUCCUGGCAGAGUGCUACAACCUCAGCCCUACCAAGGAUAAGAUGCUGGUAGCUGUCAAGACUCUGAAAGAUCCGACUAUGGCUGCUCGGAAGGACUUCCAGAGAGAGGCCGAGCUACUUACUAACCUCCAGCACGAGCAUAUUGUCAAGUUUUAUGGUGUGUGUGUGGACGGUGACCCCCUCAUCAUGGUGUUUGAGUACAUGAAGCAUGGAGAUCUCAAUAAGUUUUUGAGGGCCCACGGUCCAGAUUCCACAAUCUUAGUGGACGGCCAUCCGAUGCAGAGCAGUGGGGAGCUGGGUCUUUCACAGAUGUUGCACGUUGCCACUCAGAUUGCAGCUGGGAUGGUGUAUCUCUCCUCCCAGCACUUUGUGCACCGCGACCUGGCCACACGAAACUGCCUGGUUGGGAACGGCCUACUGGUCAAGAUUGGAGAUUUCGGCAUGUCCAGGGACAUCUAUAGCAUGGACUAUUAUCGGGUGGGCGGCCACACCAUGCUGCCCAUUCGCUGGAUGCCUCCUGAGAGCAUCAUGUACAGAAAGUUCAGUACAGAGAGUGACGUGUGGAGCUUCGGUGUCAUCAUGUGGGAGAUCUUCACCUACGGAAAACAGCCGUGGUUUCAGCUGUCCAAUAAUGAGGUCAUCGAGUGCAUUACACAGGGCCGGGUUUUGGACCGGCCUCGCCUUUGUCCCAAGGAAGUUUACGACCUCAUGCUGGGCUGCUGGCAAAGAGAGCCACAGCAGCGACUGAACAUCAAAGACAUUCAGAAAGUCCUUUAUGCUUUGGGCAAAGCCACACCUGUCUACUUGGACAUCCUCGGCUAACGCUGGUGCGUUUCAUUCUUGCCAGAGGCCAACGCAAUCCAGGAAUAACCAAACAGCCCCUAACCUUACUACUCCACUGUAAAAUCACCUACACGCUGGGGAUGGACUUAAGUGCCUGCAACACCUUUUUCAAUACACUGGAAUAAAAAAGACAAAAAAUAUUUAAAAACAAGUACUUUUACAUUUUGUUUACUCGUACAGUAUAUAGUGUACAGAAUUCUAUGAAGAUAAACAUUUUCCUAAAAACUGAUGAACAAAAAGACAACAACAUUGUGUAAAGGAAAUGUUGCCUUUGCCAUGGCAACUGUGUGUCUAAUGAACAAAGCUUUCCAGUGUUUCAUUUUAUAAACAUAUAUAUACAUAUAUGAAUAUAUUUUUAUUUAUUUAGUUUAAUUUUGGAAGGUAUGGGUGCCUGUCGUGUUCAGCGCUGUCGAUAGAUCUUUCAACUUUUCUUUCUGAUUUUGUUUGUUUUUUUGAGCUCAGAAAAAAGCCUUACUAAAUGGGUUUUGUUAUCUCGUUAUCUUCAUUUACUUUUCUUCUUUUUAAAUUGGGCAAUUUUGGUUCGUCAGUGAAAAGUUCUUGAGUGGGAAACAUCUUUAGAAUACUAAAAUAUAGGUAUAUUUUAAUUGUAUGUGACUGUACAUACUGUAAAUUUAUAUACUUGUCGACUUAACUUAUUUUUGUUUUCUUUAUAUGGUUGUUUUUUGUUUUUUUUUCUUUCAACCCAGUGGUUGGUUGGUAGCAUAGACUUUAUAAACACUCAACCAUAAGAGGGCAUAAAUAUUGUUCAGUGUAACCACUAGUGCAACACUUAAUCCCACGCUUUAUGGUCAGUUCAUUUCUUACAUGGAGUCUGUCUGCGAGACGCUGAAGGCAAGUGAACGCUUGUGGGGGAAACAUCGGCUCCUACAAAUGAUAUUAGACAAUAUACUGCCAAAAAAAUUGCAAAAAAAAAAAAAAAAAACAGUGGCAAAGACAAACUGCAGCCUUCCUGUCACAAUUCUAAAAGGACACC